AUGUUAAAUCCUGGCCAACGGGAAGCUAUACAAAUGUUGGCCAUAGCAUGCAAAUUAAUGGACGACAUUUAUAUUCGUCAAAUGUGGUCGAAAAAUGAAGAAAUCAUGAAAAAAUUAGAAGAAAAUAAAGAGAAAAGUGAACAAGAUAAUUUGCUAUAUCAAUUGUCUCGGAUGUAUCGUUGUCCAUGGGAUCCAUUGGAAAAUAACGAACCGCUCAUACCUUAUGUUCCAUCUUCUCCUCACGGCGCUAAUUUUUAUCCAGAGGAUAUGACUAAAGAAGAGUUCAAACAAUCGAUCUCAACAUUAUCAAAAGAAGAUAAGUUAAAAGCCGAAGGGGUUCGAUAUUUAAUCAGACGAAAUACAAAUACAAAACAACUUCAACUUAUUCCGUAUUCAGAAGCGUAUCAGGAUCUUCUUUCACCGAUUGCCAACCUAUUGGAAAAAGCAGCUGAGACUAUUGGCGAUGAAUCAUUAAAAAAGUUUCUAAUGUUACGUGCGGAAAGCUUCAGAACCAAUGACUAUGUUGAAAGUGAACUAGCUUGGUUGGCCAUAAAGACCGACAGUCUAAUAGAAGUGGUCUGUGGUCCAUAUAUGUUUUAUACCGAUAAAUUGUUUGGUUACAAAUCAGCAUUUGUCAUGUAUAUUCACAUUUGUGAUCAACCGUCUACAGAAAAGUUGCACUUGUUCACUAAUGCAAUAGCCACCGUUGAAAAUCAAUUACCAAUUCCUGAUAAAUAUAAAAACAAGAAUUUAAAGAGAUCACCCAUUAUUGUUGUGAAUGAAAUUUAUAACGGUGGUGAUGUCGCAUUACCGUGUCUGACUGCUUACAAUCUGCCAACAGAUUAUGAAAUUGAAAAACAAGCAGGAUCGAAAUUAACAUUGAUCAAAAACGUACAGGAAGACCCAGAACAACUGAAAUUUGUGUCCUGGGAUGCGUUCUUUAUACAUAUUCUAUUGCACGAAGUGUCGCAUUCAAACGGACCACAUGAAACGGUUGGCCCGAAUCCUGUUCUCAUCCAAUCUCGUCUUCAGGAACAUCAUUCAGCUUUAGAAGAAGCUAAAGCAGAUGUCACUGGCCUGUUUGCGGCCGAUUAUUUUGUCAACAACGGUCAGAUAAAUGAUAUUUCCAUGGAAUCGUUUUAUGUUACAUAUCUUGCAAAUCAAUUUCGUUUCAUAAGACAAGGUCAAACCGCACAUGCAUUCGGUCAAAAACUGCAGCACAACUAUCUAUUAGAUCAUGGUGUAAUUGAAUACGACAAUGCAACACAAAAAUUUCGCGUUAAUUUCGACCGUAUACGUAACACAGUUGCAAGUCUGACGAAUUUGAUUAUGAUAAUACAAGGAGAUGGAGAUAAAGAUAAAGCAAAAGAGGCAAUGGAUAGUCUCGCGGUUACACGAUCGUACACUGAAACUGCCUUGAAGAGGCUAACGAAUGUGGCUUUUGAUAUUCCAUUCUUACUAUUAGAUCGGUGUCAUUCACAUCGAAUCAUAACCCGCAUCAAUGAUUUUGAUUGA